AAUAAAGUCAUCGACAUGUUUUGCUGUAGAAUUUUGGAGAUGUAGGAAUGUUGUAUAUCACAUUGACUGCGGAAUGUUUUGCAAUGUAUUCAAUUUUGUUGGUGUUAAAAAUAUUUCCCUUAAACGUAGUAUCGCAAGCUGACGUCAGUCUCAUGAUCACACAACUUCCAAGACUUCUCCAGCAGUUAAAGACUCCUCAAUUCAUCAGGACCACAUGUUUCCAGAGGUCUUUACCUAUUUUAACUCUCUUCACAAAGGAUCCGUGUCCCUUGUGUGAUGAAGCGAAAGAAAUGCUUGAACCAUAUAAACAUAGGUUUAUUUUGCAGGAGGUUGACAUUACUGUUCCUGAGAACAGCGUGUGGUACGACAGAUACAAGUACGACAUCCCAGUUUUUCAUCUGAAUGGACAGUUUUUGAUGAUGCAUCGUGUGAACAUAGCAGUACUGGAAAAGCGGCUGGCCAAAUCAGAGAAAGAACCAGUUUAAUUAUUCUCAGAUUUGUAAAAUACUCUAAUAUAUAUAUAUAUAUAUAUAUAUAAAUAAAAAAAAUAGCAUAAAUAUAAUUUAAAAAAAGCAUUUUGUAUUCUUUUCUGAUCUACUGCAACAAUUUUCUUUACAUAUAAUAUUACUGACAACAGCUUGAGUGAAAAGUAGACUCAUGUAUAUCAGAGUUUCUUUGUAUUUGGUACGUCCCCUUUUUUUAUUUAAUGACAUUGUGCACAUCGGCAUGGCAUGUUUCUGCAAAACCAUAUGAUCCAUUUUAGAUUAAAUCCAUCAGUGUCAUCCGAACACCUGUUUCUAAGGAGGAUAUUAAACAUGAGGAAAAUCUGACGUUUUGUACAAAGCUGUACAAACAUGGUUAAUAUCACAUUUAAAUGUGGCCUAGAAAUAAUGUAAUAAUUAUAUAUAAUUUUAAAUAUUAAAUAUAAAAUAUAUUAAACCUUUUCUUUCUGUUUUAAACAUUUAAAAUUUAAAAAUGUUUGACGAAUUUCUUUGUACAGCUUUUAACAUCUGGUCAUUCUUAGUCAUCUUGCUAAAGUCAUCUUGCUUCUGUAUCCCCCGAAUCUUCUGUAUCCCCCGAAUCUUCUGUAUCCCCUGAAUCAGUCACACCUUCAAUUCAGUUCAGUGAAGAUGAUGUGUGUCAGGUCUUCAGGAAGAUCAAGAGAAGAUCAACAGCGUUUCACCAGCCUGUCUGAAAGCCUGUGCUGAUCAGCUGGUCCCCAUUUUCAUGCGGAUAUUCAACAUGUCACUGGAGCUGUGUGAAGUACCCACAUGCCUCAAAAGCUCCACCAUCAUCCCCGUCUCAAAGAAACCCAAAAUCACCGGACUUAAUGACUACAGACUCUCCGUGCCCUCCUCUGUCUGUGAGUGAGUGGAUCGCCAGCUUUCUGACAGACAGGCAGCAGCUAGUGCGACUGGGAAAACUCAAAUCUAGCACCUGCACCGUCAGAACUGGCAUCCCCCAGGGCUGUGUUCUCUGUAUAUAUUGUAUGCCUCAAUUGCACAUUUCUCACAAUUGCAAAUUUGUACAUACAAUUGUCUAUAUUUGUAUAUGUAUAUUUCAUAUGUAUAUUUAAACUGCACAUUUCACAUCUGUAAAUGUGUACAUACAAUUAUACUGUAUAUGUCAUUCUGUUAGACUGUGGAGCUAGUGGCACUAAAACAAAUUCCUAGCAUGUGAAAACAUGCCUGGCAAUUAAGCUGAUUCUGAUUUUGAUUCUGAUUCUGAUUCUAAAGAAUUGCUGGUUAAAAUAUGCCAGUAGGUGGCGCAUUGUGGUCAAAAGAGUUUUGCAGCUAUACACAUUAUAUUAACCUCUUAAUCUGUGUAGAAUAUAUACUUCAUGACAUUAUGCAUACAUUUACACACAAAAUAUUAGUUUAACUUGACAAUUGAGCAUUUUUCUAUGUAGUUACUGAAUAAUAAGUGUUUGUUUGCAAAUAAUGAAAUGUUUGUAGAAUUGUGUUUACUUGCUAAACACUGUCCUGUUUAAAUAUUAAAGUUUUUUUAACUUUA